UCAAAAGCAUCGGAGCAUUCUGCGUUUGGAGUCGCACGUUCUUCGGUUGAGUUGUUCAGCAAUAACUUCAGCUGGCAAAUGAAGAUGAUGGGAGUGAGUUUGGCGCGUGCUCUCUGCGUCCAUGCAGCGCGAGCGGCCACGUGGAGUUCCACGCGUGCAAAUCUCUCCUUCGCUUGGCGAUACAGACACGCGCGGUGCUACAGCAGUAAGACAGAUUUUUCUGGUAUAAAAGAAAGGACUUUGGUAGCCAUCAAGCCAGAUGGAGUGCAGAGGCGUCUGAUUGGUGAAGUCGUCAAGCGCUUUGAGCAGCGCGGAUUCCGAUUGGUGGGUUUGAAGAUGCUGCAGGCUCCUGAGGAGUUGUUAGCUCAGCAUUAUGUCUUACUACAGAAGAAACCCUUCUACUCUAGUCUGCUCCACUACAUGACCUCUGGCCCCAUAGUCGCCAUGGUGUGGGAGGGGCAUAAUGUAGUGAGGUCAUCACGCAUGCUGGUGGGCGACACGGACCCUGCUAAAGCUGCACCUGGAACUAUCAGAGGAGAUCUCAGCGUUCAUAUCAGCAGGAAUGUCGUCCAUGCAUCGGAUUCUGUUGAAGGUGCAGAGAAGGAGAUCUCGCUGUGGUUCCAGCGCUCCGAGCUGAUUGACUGGGAGGGGUGUGAUCAUAAAAACAUUUACCAUCUAUGAGACGGAGAAUAAUAUUUCGAAAAAGCGUAACAUCAAUAUAUGUUUAACUGCUGUGGUAUAUGGCCACGCUCGGCUGGAGAUGCAGGAUGGUUUCGGGACCAUUUUCUAAAGCAAAGACAUACUGAUUUGCAAACCGUUUCUGACUGUAGGUCAACCAAUGUUAAAAAUAAUAUUUAUAUAUAUACAAAUAAUAUUUCUCAUCAUUUCAAGUGAUUGAAUGUAAAUAGAGUGAAAUGCUGCAUUUUAUAUAAUGGUUCAUAUAUUUGAAAUUGUCGUGAAUGUUUUUAAAUAUGUAGGCCAAAGUCUUUUUAUUGUUUCUUUGACGCACAAGUACUAGUCAGAAAUGACUAAUUAAUUUACUGAUUUUCUGCAAAGUAAUUAUGAUGUUAAUCAUUCAUUUUUCAAAACUGACAAGUAAUUUUAACUAAAUGUGAACAACAAGGUGCUAGAAAUGACUGAAUGUCCACACACACAAUGCUGACCAAUGUAACAACUGCUAACAAUACACCUCAGUGCCUUUUAUUAAUGAUUUAUUGCAUUGCUCUUCCUUUUAUAAUUAUAAAAAGUGCCUUAUAUAUAUUAAAUUACUACUUGCCUUUUAGCAGAUGUCGUCAACAUGGUUGGAGUUAGAAAAAUUAGAACUAAUAAUGAAAGGGUGUGUAAUAUUGGAAUAAAUAUCUUUAAUAAAAA